CUCCCGACGGCUGUGGCGGCCGCCAUGGAGGCGAGCGGGCCCUGAGGAGAGGCCGGGCUGGGCCGGGCCGGCGGCCUGCAGCCGCGAGAGGCGGAGGCCGGGAGGGACACUCAGCGGGGGAGGCGGGAGCGAGCCGGGACGCCGCGGAAGGCUCGGUGCUCCGUGUGUGCUCCGGCCGCCGACCCGCGGCUCCUGGCCUCGGCCCCGGUCUCCGGCCGCAGACAUGGCGGGCGGGCACUGCGGCAGCUUCGCCGCGGCGGCGGCCGGCAGCGGGGAGAUCGUGCAGCUGAACGUAGGGGGGACCAGAUUCAGUACCUCAAGGCAGACUCUUAUGUGGAUUCCAGAUUCUUUUUUUUCCAGCUUGCUGAGUGGAAGAAUUUCAACACUUCGAGAUGAAACUGGCGCUAUAUUUAUUGAUAGGGACCCGGCAGCAUUCGCCCCCAUUUUAAAUUUUCUCCGGACAAAAGAACUUGACUUAAGGGGAGUGAGCAUCAGUGCUCUCAGACACGAAGCUGAGUUCUACGGGAUCACUCCGCUGGUGCGAAGGCUGCUGCUGUGUGAGGAGCUGGAGAGGUCAUCCUGUGGCAGUGUCCUGUUCCACGGCUACUUGCCCCCACCAGGCAUUCCCAGUCGUAAAAUAACUAACACAGCUAGGUCCUCUGUGGAUGCUAGGAAUGGACUAAAUCCUACAGAAGGCGAAGCCCGGGGAAGCGGGACCCAGCCUGUGCUCUCUGGAGAUGGAGACGAGACUGUUAGGCUGGGAUUUCCCGUGGAUCCAAGAAAGGUGCUAAUAGUCGCUGGCCACCACAACUGGAUUGUAGCUGCCUAUGCACAUUUUGCUGUGUGUUACAGAAUCAAAGAGUCUUCGGGAUGGCAGCAAGUGUUUACAAGCCCGUAUCUGGACUGGACCAUUGAAAGAGUGGCUUUAAAUGCAAAAGUGGUUGGAGGUCCUCAUGGAGACAAAGACAAAAUGGUGGCCGUGGCCUCAGAGAGCAGCAUCAUCCUGUGGAGCGUCCAGGACGGAGGAAGCGGAAGUGAAAUCGGUGUGUUCAGUCUUGGUGUUCCUGUAGAUGCCCUCUUCUUUAUUGGGAACCAGUUGGUGGCCACGAGUCACACGGGAAAAGUGGGAGUGUGGAAUGCUGUCACUCAGCAUUGGCAGGUGCAGGAUGUUGUUCCUAUAACCAGUUACGACACUGCGGGCUCCUUCCUUCUCCUGGGAUGCAACAAUGGAUCAAUAUAUUACAUAGACAUGCAGAAGUUCCCAUUACGGAUGAAGGAUAACGACCUCCUUGUCACUGAACUCUAUCACGACCCCUCGAAUGAUGCCAUCACUGCGCUGAGCGUUUACCUCACCCCCAAAACAAGUGUCAGCGGAAACUGGAUUGAGAUCGCGUACGGUACGAGCUCUGGAGCCGUGAGAGUGAUUGUCCAGCACCCAGAGACAGUCGGGUCAGGGCCGCAGCUCUUCCAGACCUUCACGGUCCACCGAAGCCCCGUUACGAAGAUCAUGCUGUCCGAGAAGCACCUGGUGUCAGUGUGUGCCGACAACAACCAUGUCCGCACGUGGACAGUGACGCGGUUCAGAGGGAUGAUCUCCACUCAGCCCGGCUCCACCCCUUUAGCGUCGUUCAAGAUCCUAUCCUUGGAGGAGACGGAAAGCCAUGGCAGCUAUUCCUCUGGAAAUGACAUAGGGCCUUUUGGAGAACGAGAUGAUCAACAGGUGUUUAUCCAGAAAGUUGUUCCCAUCACUAACAAGCUGUUUGUCAGGCUGUCGUCAACUGGAAAAAGGAUCUGUGAGAUCCAGGCUGUUGACUGCACUACUAUAUCGUCGUUCACCGUGAGGGAGUGUGAGGGCUCCAGCAGGAUGGGCUCGCGGCCCAGGCGCUACUUGUUCACAGGCCACACAAACGGCAGCAUCCAGAUGUGGGAUCUGACCACGGCCAUGGAUAUGGUCAACAAGAGCGAGGACAGGGAUGCUGGCGGCCCCACUGAGGAAGAGCUGCUCAAGCUGUUGGACCAGUGCGACCUGAGCACAUCCCGCUGCGCUACCCCCAACAUCAGUCCUGCCACGUCCGUGCUCCAGCACAGCCGCCUCCGAGAGUCCAGCUCCAGCCUUCAGCUCCAGCACCAUGAGACCAUCCAUGAGGCAGCCACUUACGGUGCCGCGCGGCCCUACCGAGAGAGUCCUUUGUUAGCCAGAGCCAGGAGGACUGAGAGUUUCCACAGCUACAGGGACUUCCAGACUCUCAAUCUCAGCAGAGAUGUAGAGAGAGCCCUUCCGGAACAUGGUCACAUGGGUCCAACACAGGCAGACGUGAAAGGGGCAGCGGGGGAGUGCAGUGCGUCUGAAAGGAAGUCCCCCGGGACAGGGACAGAGCUGAGGUGUGUGAAGGAGUCAGAUGGCAGCUUAGAAGUGCAGAAAACAGCCGACGGGUUGUCAGAGUCCAAGAAAAGGUCGUCAGAGGACGAGGCUGAGCAUAAAGUGGAGUUGCGCAAGAAAGGAUUUGAAGCAGGGGGAUUCCUUGGCAGAAAGAAGGCUCCCCACCUGGCAUCCUCACCGAGCACCUCUGAUGGAGGGACCGACUCUCCUGGUACGGCUUCCCCGUCUCCAACGAAGACCACUCCGUCACCCCGGCACAAAAAGACUGAUUCCUCGGGCCAAGAGUACAGCUUGUGAACUCAACCACGGUGCACGAUAAUUUUGAUAGAUUUACAUGAAAAACAAAAUUCCCUGGGUGAAGAGUACAUUGGCUUUUACAUCAAGACUUUAUAGGAUACAACCUCGCCUGAUUAGUGUUUCCUGGGGCAGGAGCAGAGCACACUCUAAGGGGGUGCAGUGGUGUGUUCCUUGACAGUGGAAGUGACCCUGCUCCUGCAGGCACAUGGGAACCAUCCCUCCUGGUUUGUUGUCCCAGCCCCCUAGAGCAUGUGAGGCAUGUGAUCCUCAUCCCGCUGCCCAGGGCUUGCCUUGCAGUGGUACCUCAGCAUCGAUCACAGACUCUCCCUGGAAUGUGGCUCCCCACCCACCCUUGUGAUUGCGAAGUGUUUACCUGAUACCUGAUGAGGUGCUAUGUCGUGAAACAGUCUCAUGUAACUCAGAACACUACCAGUGGGCCCCGGGCUCCUCUGUGCACUACAUCUUUAGGGUUGUUUUAGUUCAUUGUGGUCAGUUUCUGAUUCUUGUUGGAGCUAAUGCAGCAUGCACACCAGUGUUUGAUACCUGAAGUCUGUCCAGUGGGAACAACUGUCCAUGUUUGUCUGGGUAAGAUACUAACAACAGAGAGGAUAGCUGUGUGUAGAAGGGCAGCCUUCCAUUGCUGGCCCGCCCUCCUUUAGGGUAACUGUGGACUGGGAUUCUAGAUUUGGAGCUAAUGCUUCCGUAUGUAAAACUGUUGUUCUGACUUUAUUUUGAACUCUGAGGGCAAAAGAAAAGUUUCUUUACAUUUUCUUCAUUUAAUCUGGAUGGUUUACACAUUUCUGCAAUGGAGAAAAUGUAAAUUUAAACCCAUGAGCAUUUGCCAGUGAAUGAUGUAUAAUUUCCACUCCCAGAAGUACAAUGAAGUUGGAAAAAUUCUUUAAAAUUAACUAUAUUGUCAGUGAUUUCACAAAAACUCCCUUGUAUUUAUUUGUCAAUUAAAUGGAAUGAGAACGGUCA